UUUAUUUAUUUAUUUAUUUAUUUAUUUAUAAGGUGGUCGUUUUCUGUGGCGUGGGAGACGGGCGGGCAGACGCUGGCAGCAGCAGCAGGUGCCGCCGUCAUGGACCUCCUGCGCUGUGUGGUCAUCUUUACAGUUUUGGUAAAUGUGAAUGGUGCUUCAAAGGUGCUGGAACUUAGUGAUAGGUUCCUGGAACUUCGUGAAGACACGACAUGGCUGAUCAUGUUUUAUGCCCCAUGGUGUGGUCAUUGCAAAAAGCUUGAGCCAGUGUGGAAUCAUGUUGCUCAUGCUCUGUAUGGUACUGAUAUAAGAGUUGGACGUGUGGAUUGCACCCGUUUCACUGCAGUAGCGACAGAGUUUGUCAUCAAAGGGUUCCCAACAAUAAUGUAUAUAAAGGGAGAAACACGUCAUGUUUAUAAAGGUGAUCGUGUCAAGGAGGAUAUUGUAGGAUUUGCCUUAAGGAUGGCAGCACCUCCAAUUCAGCAUAUACAAUCUUACCGACAUCUGAAGGACACCAUUGAUCGAGGAGAUCUGUUCUUCAUAUAUGUUGGGAGUCAUGAAGGAGAUAUUUGGGAUGCCUACAAGGAUAUGGCCGAUGAAUAUAGACCCUUUUAUUACUUCUACGAUAUUGAAACUAGCUGUAUGGAAGAACAUGUCAAGCUGGAGUAUAAUCCUGCUGUAAUGGUGUUCAAGGAUGAGAUGCAUUUCUUUUUCCCAGUACCAGAUGAGAAGGAGCUAAUGGAGGACAAAAACGUUCUCAAUACUUCUUUGAUGGACUGGAUCAACCAUGAGCGCUUCACAACCUUCACUAAAGUAACUCAUGGUAACUUGCACCAGUUAUGGAAGAUAAACAAGUUUUUAGCCAUCACAGUUGUUAAGGAGAGUAAAAUUGGACGAAUUACGACAGAUGAAGAUGCAGAAGACUAUGUUGAUGGGUACAAGUUCAAAGAUAUGGUCGAGUCUGUGAUUCGUAAUAACCGUGAGAAGUAUCACAAAUAUUUCCAGUUUGGAUGGACUGGCACACCAGAUUUAGCAAACAGCAUUGCAAUGGAACGGCUUCCACUCCCAUCACUGUUAGUGGUAAAUGCAACUACUAUGCAUCACCACUUGCCCGAGGAUCCCCCGCAACAUCUGACACCAGCUGCCAUUGAAAUGUUUUUAGACUCUAUAAUAGCUGAAACUGCCCCAACGUAUGGUGGGGACUCAUGGCCUAUAAGAAUUUACCGUGCCUAUUAUAAUGCGAGGACAUCACUGGAAGAAAUGUGGCAAGGCAAUCCAGUACUGACAUCAGUACUCUUUGGUCUGCCACUGGGUUUUCUCUCUUUAAUAUGCUACUCCAUCUGGUGCUCUGAUAUUUUGGAUGCUGAUGAUGAAGAAGAUGAUCAACAUGAGAAGAAAGAAUGAUGGAACUCGAAAUGUAUGGAAGAAAUAGUUGCUAAAAUUAAUACCAGUACAGUAUAUGAGCUGCUUGGCUGUGGUGGCAGCAGUUUGUGUGUAAGUUUACAGGCAUUGAAAAGUGUGAUGCGACCUGUUGAAGCAAGGAGUCUUAACACUUCCCAUUCUUUAGUAGAUGGAUAAUUAUGCAAGAUAUUUAUUUAUUCAACCUGACCUCUUAAAAAUAACAUUGCUUUUCGCUCGUAUGCGCGCUAUGGCCAAAUUGGGACGUACAGUAAUUUGAAAUGAAAUUGACUCACAAAAGUGACAUACUGCCCCAUUUUCUGCUUGAGUCGUCUGGCUUACUCAGUAAGGUUAAGAGAGGAAACUUUCAAUUAACUCUUUUCAUAAUGUUUUGAAACUGAGAAUUUUUUGCCCACCUAACCUAUCAGAGGACCCUUAACUUACUGUUGUUGAUAUUUUUUUUCCCCUCCAAAUUAUGUCCACUUUUGGCCAUAUUGGUAAACGGCCAAAAGCGACGUUAUUUUAAAGAGAACAGGUUGAUUUAUUACCAUGUAAGCAUGACGAACAUUGAGAUAGGAGAUACAAAAUAUACACCGGAACUAACAACAAAAACUUGAGUAUCUUGAUUUGCUUCUACAGCAGGUGGCUACUGUAUGGGGACAGGUUUGCUGUCGGUUAUUUAUGUGAAUUCAUUGUAACCAUAUUUACAAGUUCAACCUAUCCAUGUAACCUUUAUAUUCCAUGUUACAGUGCAGGUAGUUAUAUGUUUUAAGGUACAACUCCUAAGUCAUAGAAAUGCAUAUUUAUUUGCUCCCUCACUCUCAACUGUGGAGUGUGUUGGAUACAGUCAUUAUAUUUACAUCAGUGUGUGUGUGUGUGUAGAUAUCAUCAUCACAUCUCAUGAGUAACUGCCAAUCACAGAAGUUUUAAAAUUGUAGUGAAUUUUUUCAAGUUGAAAUGAGUGGAAGAAAGUAUUUGAUUUGCUGUAAAAGUUACUUUGAAUAAAACAUUAGGGUUUUAAGGAUUUUUUUUUAUCAUUGACAUGCCAUAAAGUUUACUAGAGCAUUGUCCUCACAAAAUGUACAUCAGUUAAUGAAUGAGAAAUAUUUUUGUCAAACUGCUUGGUGGGCGAUGAGCCAUGUACAGCAUACCAAGUGUGUUAUCAAGUUAUCCCUCAGUGUGCAUCUUUUAAUGGCUGUGAAUGAGUCUGAGUUUAAAAUAAUACAUUUUGUAACUUAUUUUAUACAAUAGUACCCAGUAUGUAAUUUUAAGACAGCCAAAUGUAACAUAAGUGUGAGACAAACAUGGCAGGAAUAAUUUGCUAGCAUAAACUUUUAAAUAUUUAAAUAAAGUAAGCAUUUUAA